AUGAACAGAAUAAUCUUCCUGUUGAUUCUGACGACGUGCAACGCUUCGAUCCUGGAGACGUUCCAUGAAAAUGGCAUCGAAUAUGAGGCCUACGGGGAAGGAAGGUCCGUUGUUCGCCUCAGAAGUUCACGUGAUUUUUUUUUCCGGUUGCGCGAAAAGUGUUAUUUUUGAGAAGAAUUGACAGACUUUUCAAAGAAUAAAUGAAUAACUGGAAAAAUUUUUAGUAGCCACUCUGGAGGCACGCCAAGGACUACUUGGAGAGGACACUAAAGUGGCCACUAAACCCACCUCUAUAGUGGCCACUACUUUCCGUUUUAGUGGCCACUUCAGUAAUUUUUCAUCCAGUAUUCCUUCCAGCAACUCUCAGAAUUUUAAAACAAACAGAUUGGACCAGUUAUGUUGAUCCAUUGACCCCUAAAGUUGCCACUAAAAUUUUUAGUGGUCUUGUAGUAGCACUUAGACCUCUAUAGUGGCCACUAACUUUUAAACCCUUAAGUGGCCACUAAUUCGACUACUAUAGUGGCCAGUAAAACGUGAAAAACCUAUAGUGGUCACUGAAAAUUUUCCCAGAGUUUUAUCAUUUUUUUCUAAAAGGAUGCCUUGAAUUUUACGUUCCUCCAUCCACUGUGAGACAAAAAUGUUGUUACAAGGAAAUUUACAUGUUGAUUUUCGAGUUUUCUGUUUAUCCUUCACACUAGAAACAUGAUUAUCACAAAAUUCUUUCAAUUUUUUUUUUGAUACUGUUUUUUUAUCGUGCAAAUAACAUUGAGAAAGAUUCAAAUCUCGAAAAAUGGAAAAAAAGUUGGAAAAAUAUUCUAAAAAAAACCUGGAGAUGACGUCACGCAACGGAUGUGUAUGCACGCAACGCGCAUAUCCGCAUACAGUACCCUCCGCAAAUGAAAAACUCGUUCUUCCCGUAGCACCAAAAUGUUCUCAGACUGGUCCCGGAGAGCCGCCAUUGCCAACCCUACACGUUGGACCUCUUCGAGUACGUCAACACGCUCAACACCAACGAGAUGACCGAGUACGGCCGCGAAAUGCUCAAACGCCGCAUUUUCGCCUCCUUCGACAACAUUUGUCGCGAUUUCAACGUUUCUACCGGUCUGCAGCUCUUAAGUCCUUGAAAGUUGCUUCUAUUUUCAAGACACCGACGAACUGCCGCCAACUGUCGAGAUCUCGUUGGACCGACUUCAUCUGAGGUUCAUGGACCGUUUCGAGUUGACCUGGAACGCGUUGAAGUUCGAACGCGACCUCAAAUCGCUCUUCCUUGAGCACAAGAUCAACACUCCCUUCUUGGACAUUGUCAAGCAGGUUGGGAUUUUAUUUUUAGAGAUUCCCAGGAUAGUCUAAGAUUUACAGGUUCAAUCAUUUUGAAAAUUCGUUAAGUUUGAUGGGAUCUUUAAAAAAGUAUAGGUUGAUUUUGUAAAGGUAUCACGGCGAAGAGCCAUUUUCUGAGUCACCUUGAGCCAAAAUUCACUUUUUUGCGGCACAACACAUCGACCUGCACAGUUUACCACGUUCAGAAAAAGAAAAAGGCGAGCAUUGUUGAUAUGAUCUUUGAAGGAGCAUAGGUUGAUUUUGUAGAGGUCUCGCGGCGAAGAGCCAUUUUUCUGAGUGAACUUGACCCCAAAUCCUUUUUUUUCGACUCUGAGAAACACAGCGAGCCGCAUAGUUCGCAAAAUUUCAUAGAAAAAAAAAACUUUUUUUCCAGGAAAUCGUUAAAAUGUCGGGUUCUGGCGACAAAAUGGACUUUUCGCACCGGUCGACCGUCUUCCCGAUGAAGUGCAACGUCGCCCAGAUGACCCUGGAAACGCGUCUCUGCUUCAAUAUUUCCGAAGUUCCACAGUCCGGCAUGGUCUACGCGGUUGGGUCUUUGGAGUUUAAUAAUUAUUGAAGUUUUCACGAUUUUUUUAAAUGGUUUUUUCAUCGCGAUAUUGAUGAUUCUCAUGAUGAUAGUUAAGAAAUUAAAGUCCAAAAGAAUCCCUAACUAAGUUUGAAAAAAAGCCGUGGAGAAUUAAGAUAAAGAUGUCAGAAUAACCGUCAGAAAAUAAAAAAGAUAACUAAUUUUUUGGAGGGUCAGAGAUAAUUUCGUAUCGCUUCAAAAAAGAAAAUUCUUUUUUAGGCAUUUUUCCGAUACAGUACUUGAGGAAAAAUUCAAGAAAAAAAAAUUCAAAGAACCUUCAAAACUCUUUUGAUUCAAAUUCAUAAUGAUCUAGUUUCAAUGAGGACCUUACGGCUUACUGUGGAAUUAUUUAUUAUUCCUGAAAAACUGUACCUAAGUUCGAAAAAAGAAGCAAGAGAGAGGAAAUUGGACCUGAACCCUCAAGACUUGGAUAAGCUAUCUAGAAAAAAAAAACCGACCUUCAGCUGGCUCACGGCGGCGAGUUCUUGCAAAAGGACGAAGUGUACGCAUUUUACGAAGUUCCGGAGUACGUGCUGAUCACCACGGAAGCCGUCCUUCCCAUCGACCUCGCCAAGUGCAAAGUCUUGGUGAGAGGCAAAAAAUAAAAUGAAAAUCCGUUGAUUCUCCAGUUCGGCACCUACAUCUACUGCUUCGCCGAGCUCGACACCCAGUGUGACGUCAGAACCUUGAGCGACUGCCCGAUUAUGGCCCAGAAGACGGGCGACGACUUCACACUCGUCCGACGCUUCGGAACUGGAAGGAUCGUCGCGACGACUGAAAUUGUAGGGGAUUUUGGGGCUUGGAAAGGAUGAGAUUCACGAUUUUGAAUAACUCUUUUUUUCUUGACCUACCUUGAACAAUACAAUAAUAAUGAUUUGCCGAACAUAAACAUAAAAUAGUGGGCUUGAAACAGCUAUGAUGAGCUCGGAAUAGAUUAAGUCUCAGAAAAAUCUUUCGUGAAGCUUCUAGAGUUUUUCGACCUGAAGCUGUAGCUGAACCAAUAGAAAAGUUCAUUUAUCCGAAUUCAGAAAAACAAAAAAUCGAUCUAGCUCAAAGUAGGCCAAAGCUGAAGAAAAGCUUAUUUUAACCAUGAUCCUUUUGGAAGUUUUUUUCGAUUUCAAAAAUCAUCUGAAGCCUAUAACUGGCUGAAAGUACAGGAAAAGCUGAAGAGAAGCUUUUCAAAGAUCUUUUUUUAACCUGAAAUUGUGAAAAAAAUUAUUUUAUAGAUUUGAAAAAAAGGUUCCCAACUUGACCUAACAGUAGUUCAAUCAACCCAGAUUGAAAUUUGAAAAAAACCCGAGAAUCCGCUGAAUCAAUCGUAUGUCGUUUGGAGCAAUUGAGCGGAUCUCAUUCUAGUUUUGAAUGGAAAAAAAUUAGAUUUUCAUUUUUUCGACAUAAAAAAAAACACGAGAAUUUUGAACUCUUUGAACUAAAGAGCACGAUUCCUAGGAGUUCGACCUGUUCCGCAACGGGACGAAGCUCUCGGUGCCCAGCCAGAUCUUUACGGUCCGCGUCGACUACAACACGGAGUCCAACGGCGGUGACGUCAUCAACCAUGUCGACCUGCGACCGCACGUCAUCGAAAAGGUCUUCUAAUCAGUUCGAAAGAGAAAGUUGCAACGAGGUACUCUAGACGCAGUUCGCGACCCUCCUGCCUGAAACUAUCGGCGUCCUGAGCUCGGACAAGCUCACCAGGCUCUUCACCACCAACCGACGCGGGAAGAACAUGCUCAGCCACAAGGUUUGUUCAGAACCAACCCCCAUUGAAAAAAAUUUAGAAUUCUGAUAGAAAUUCAUAAAAAUUAAAAAGUCCAACCUGAUAAUUUCUUGAAGAAGUAUCGAAUAAUUGACUUAUGAACCCAAGUCUCGCGUAAAAAAAUAAAUUUCGAAAAAUUCAAAGGAUUUAACCUAAGAUUUCCUGAAGUUUUUUGAGACUUUCGAAACUUGAUAAGCUCUAGAAAAAGGUUGAUCCUAAAAUAUCCCGAGUAAGUUCCGAAUUUUACUGAAAAAGAACAUAAUUUGAAUGAUCCUGAAACUUUCAAAAAUCUCAAGAUUGAACUUUUUCGCAGUUUCGAGCAGCCAGUUCAGAAAAAUAUCUUGAAUAAAUGACACUCUAAUUUUACUCGAAAAAAUUGUUGUAAACUUCCAAAAAUCAAUUUCAAACUAAUUAUUUCUUGCAGCACCACGACCAGUCGGCCUGGGACCGCGUCCGCAACUUUUUUGGCCUUUAA